AUGGACCUCAUGGGCUGCCCCAUGCUGAGCAUCGGCGAAGGCGGGUUCUGGGAAGGCACCGUGAAGGGCAGGACUGGCUGGUUCCCAGCAGAAUGUGUGGAGGAGGUGCAGAUGAGACAAUAUGACUCCCGGCAAGAAACCAGAGAAGACAGAACCAAGCGGCUCUUCCGACACUAUACUGUGGGCUCUUACGACACCUUCACCUCUCACAGUGACUACAUCAUUGAGGAGAAGACGGCCGUGCUGCAGAAGAGGGAGCAUGAGGGAUUCGGGUUUGUAUUGCGAGGGGCCAAAGCUGAAACCCCGAUCGAGGAGUUCACCCCGACCCCGGCCUUCCCAGCGCUCCAGUACCUGGAAUCAGUGGACGUGGAAGGAGUCGCUUGGAGAGCGGGGCUGCGCACGGGGGACUUUCUGAUCGAGGUGAAUGGUGUGAACGUGGUGAAGGUGGGGCACAAGCAGGUGGUGUCCCUGAUCCGGCAAGGGGGGAACCACCUGGUGAUGAAGGUCGUGUCCGUCAGCCGCAAGCCGGAGUCGGAGGAAGUGGUUCGGAAGAAGGCUCCGCCGCCUCCCAAGAGAGCGCCCAGCACCACCCUGACGCUGCGGUCCAAGUCCAUGACGGCCGAGCUGGAGGAGCUGGCCUCCAUGCGGAGAAGGAAAGGGGAGAAGCUGGAUGAGAUCCUGGCGGCCGCAGAGCCGGCGCUGAGGGCGGAUAUCGUGGAAGCAGAUUCCAGGGCAGCCACUGUGAAACAGAGACCAACCAGCCGGAGGAUCACCCCUGCAGAGAUCAGUUCUUUCCCAGAGCACUCCCAGUACUUGGCAGAGCUCUGGCUGCGCACCCGGGGAGCCGGUUCACAGUCGAGCUUUAAGCCCAGCCUGGAGGCCAAGCUGCACGGCCUCCCGCAGGUCAUCAGCGCGGCCGAGAUGUACGACCAGGCCAGGACGUCCAUCCCUUACCCCGAGCGGCAGAAGAGGGCCCGAUCCAUGAUAAUCCUCCAGGAUUCCUCUCACCUCCCCGUGGAGCCCACGGAGAUCCCCCGGCCCGGCCCGUCCGCCACCCCCCCGGAGAAGCUGAAGCGGAAGGGGAGGGUCAUCGACAACCCCUACGCCAACAUGGGGCAGUUCAACGUGAGCCUGUUCGCGCCCACCAAGCCGCAGAGGAAGAAGAGCCCGCUGGUGAAGCAGCUGCAGGUGGAGGACGCGCAGGAGCGGGCGGCGCUGGCCAUCACCGGCGGCUUCAGCAGGGAGCCCUCGCCCACCCGCCGGGGCCACCGCCUGGGCGGGGUGGAGUACCAGCACCACGCCGGCAUCGCUCAGGUCGAAGCCACGAGCAUCCCCUUUGCCACUGCCAUCGCUGGCGUCAUGAAGGACCGAGACCGUCGCCUGGAUGAGAGGCGGAAAUCCACUGUCUUCCUCUCGGUCGGGGCCAUCGAGGGGACGCCCCCCCCGCCCAGCGAGAUGCCGUCCCUGCAGCAGUCCAGGUCCAUCGAUGAGCGGUUGUUAGGAAGCCGAGAUGUUCUACUGCCUUCCCCCGUCUCAGCUUUAAAGCCAUUAAUUAGCAGCUCAUCCUCAACGUUCAUCCACCCCCUCACGGGAAAGCCCCUGGAUCCGAACUCCCCACUGGCGCUUGCGCUGGCCGCAAGGGAACGGGCCCUGUCCACCCAAGUCCCAUCCCGGUCGCCCACCCCGAUCCACAGCCCCGACUCAGACAGAGCAGCACCCCUGUUCGUGGACAUCCAAACCAAAGAACCAGAGAGGGGCGACUUGGAGAGCUUGGUGUCCCCCGCGUACUCCCCCGGAGGCAAAGGAGUGAUCGGAGCGAUCGGAGCGAUCGGAGCAGACUCUGGGACUUUGGCCCCCGCCAAGAGCCCCUGGGGGACUCCGUCCACACUGAGGAAAGAGACCGAGGCCCGAGCGGAGACCCCGGGGAAGGAGGAGAAGAAACCGGAGGACAAGAAGUCCAUGAUCAUCAGCAUCGUGGACACGUCGCAGCAGAAGACCGCCGGCCUCAUCAUGGUCCACGCCACCAGUAAUGGCCAAGACGAGAUAGGACUUGAGAUAAAAGAGGAGACCCCGGCCGUCCCCGAGGUUUGCACGGAGCCG